AACGUGCGAAUCUGAGUGAGCGUGUUGAAAAUGUUUUUUUUCCUAGAAAAGGAGUUUUGUUAAAACAAACCAUAAACAAACGCAUAUCAAAGCAUUGCAUGAUAAAUAAAUCUAGUGUAAAAUAAGUUAAAACGUAUUCGUAUUAAAACGUGUUAUAUUGUGUUUGGAAAAUAUUGAGUGAUUUUUUUCCGCAAUGAGCAAAUCUAACCCGCUGGCUGGUUUGCUGGCGAAUUAUGGCGAUUCUGACGAUGAUUCUGAUGAUGGAAUGCGUGCUCCGCCAUUGCCGCCUGAGCCUAACACUAGGAAGAGUUUUGUAGCCCCAUUGCCUGGGCAGAAUUAUGCAAAUGCAUCUGUGGCCGCUGCGAACGCCGCCGCCGUGCACCCUGCGCCUAUAGCCCAUUGCCCAUGGUCAGCCUGUUACGAUGAGUCCAGUGGUUUCACAUACUACUGGAACCAACUCACCAAUGCGGUGACAUGGGAGGCUCCUCCCGAGUACCUACUGGCACUCAAGUUGGCACAGCAACAGUUGCAUGUAGCAGGUUCAGCAGAAGUAUCAGCGGAAGAGUGGCAACUGUACCAGCAAGCGUUAGCAGAGAAACAAAACUCGCAAAACAACAAAGUAGUGAGCAAGUCUUCCAAUAAACUACCCAAAAAGACUGACCGGAACAGCAUCGGGAAUAAAGACAAGGGUAACAAGUAUGGCAAGAAACGGAGCCAUAGCGAUGAUGAAGAUGAAAAAAUUGAGCUGAUAACAUCAUACCACAACUCAGAUUCUGAAUCUAAUGAUGAGGCAGAAACACCAACCAAACCACAGGCACCGCCUUUACCAAAACCCCAACCUAAGCCAACAGUUCCCCACAAGAAGCCUAAAGUAAAACCCGUGGAGUAUGGACCUGCAUUACCUCCGAAACAGAACUAUACUGUACCGAUUGGACCGGAACUGCCCCCUGAGUUGAUGAAUAAUGGACCGAAAUCACCUGAGAAUAGUGUUAAAGAGGAAAAAAGAUCAGACAAAACAAAUGAUGAAGACAGUCAAGAUGAAAGCGCCUUAUUCCUUAGACUUAAAAACAAAGCCAAACUAUUAGAAAAAUUAGGUGGAGAAUUACCAAAAGACCUUCAAAAGAUGAUCGAAGAAGAUCCCAGAUCGGGCAGCAAUACACCAAAAAGAGAAGAAAGUAUUUCAAAAGGCAAUGCUAACAUAGAUGAAUUAUUAGAAGAGAUUGAGAAAAGAGAAUUACCAAAAGUAGUUAAGACAAAAAAAGUUGAUGGUACAAUCAGUGGCAAAAGCUCCCCUAAGGGUGAUGUUACACCACCUAUUGAAGCUAAGCCUUUGUUCCCAAGUAUACAAAAUAUUGAUGAAACACCAAUUACCCCUCCGUCAAUACCUCCCACGCCUCCUCUUCCAAUAGAAAUAGAUAAUGAAGAAAAGAAAGUUGACACAAACGAAAAGAAAGGAGUUAACUUGUACCUAAUAGAUUCAGAAGAACGUAGAGAUGUUGGGAAGAAGAAACUCAGAAUAUCAAACUCUGUAUUACCCGACCGUAAAAGGGGGGAAGAGCCAGCGUACACAACCAAGUACUCCCAAUUCAUUGAAGGAUUUUCAAACGAGAGAACCGGUUUAGGUUUUUCUAAAGACGAAGAUGAAAAUGAAAGUCCAAAGAAUGCGAUUAAUUAUGGUAAUGGAUUAAUGUUUACGAAGGGUGAGACAUUGAAUGAGGAUAAAAAGGAUGAAGAUUUGGAUGAUCUUACUGAGCUUUUGGAGGCUAAGUUGAAGUACUUAAAUCAAUUGCAGCCGUGCGUGGUGACGCCCGUGCAGGAAAUGUUAAUACAGAUGCAGACGUUGGUAGCGGCGUUCCGGUUCGGCGCUUUGGGCGCGGGCUACUGGCGGCGCUGGGCGGGCGGCGCGCUGGCGGCGCUGGCGCGGCACGAGGCGCGCGCGGCGCCGGCGGGCUGGAGCGCCAGCUUCCAGAGGUCCGAGGGGCGCUACUGCUACCGGCGCGAGGCGGACGGCCUGGUCCAGUGGGAAUACCCCGCUACUACACACACGGAUAUGGAGAUUUGUACCACGCCGCCUCAUCCGGGUAUUGAUGCCAAAGAAGAAAUACCCCCACCAUUACCACCAACGCCACCCCCAGCGUCCGCCCCACCACCGCCGACUUUACCCCCAUCCACGUGGUCUCGAGCCGUCACGCCGCCGCCACCAUCCUUGUCGACCCACGUCCCGACUGGGAGCUUGGCGCCGUCAGUGGCGUCACACAGUGCUGGGGUCCAGGGUUUGUGGCCGAGAGCUAGGACUCCGCCCCCUCCGGCUUGGGUUGACCCGCCGCCGCCGGGGUGCGAUGAUUUGCCGCCUUUGCCUGCUAAUUCAGAACAAAAACAAGAGAUAGGCGACGAACUGGCGUCAUUCUACAGCGACAUAGCAGAACUAGAGAAGCAAACUUCCGGGCCACAUACGGCUUCCAACUCGCCUGAACCCGUGGAUACUAAGGACAAACAUAGAGAUAAGCCAGAUAAGGAUAAAGACGUUAAAACUAUCAAGAAGAAAUCUAAAGUAAAAAUAUCAGCAUCAAUGGGAUUGAAACACAAAUCGGUAUCGAACUUGGUGGCGAAGUGGCAACAAGUAGCCGACGAGAUUCAUUCUGAUUGAUUUACUGACUACUUGAGCGUUCAGCCGCUUCAAGCGCUUAACUGUUUGGCUUCACUAAGCCCAAAUAAUACUGUGAGACUAAUUCAUAGAGUAAAUUAAUUAUUAUUAGCCAAUAUACGACAGUUUUUUGUAUAGUAUAUCUGAUAAAUAUGUUCAAUUCAGAAGACGCAGAUAUAUUUAUGUUUUUGCAAAGACAAUAAAGUUAUUAUGUAAAAUAAAUGCUCUGUUUUUUUACGUAUGGCAUUUAAUUUUCCUACAUUAUUGUAGAUGUCACAAAGAUAUUGUUAGCUACAUAUUGUACCUAAUUGUUAUACAUACAACAUUAGCAAAUUGAUAUUGUUAAAAAUAAUUGUUAAUUACAAUUUCUACACCAGAAUGCUUUAUUAUAGUGACUUUAAUUGUAUGAAAGAGAUUUAUUCAUAGGACUCAAUAUUAUACUUAAACACAAAAGUAAGAAGUUUAUAAAAUAUUUUUGUAACUGGUAAUAAUUUUGAGCACAUUGUCAAUAGAAUAAGUUAUGUUUUACGUAAAUCGAUAGCAACAAUUGAUUUAAGUUUUUUGUAAAUAUUUUGUGUAUUUUGUAAAUAAUAAAUUUUGUUAAGAUUA